CGCUGUCAGGGGAGCGGCGUGGGCGCGGGGCCGGGGGCGUGCAGGGGGGAGGUUUUUGUUGGGGAGAGCGCGGCCGGGGAGCAGAGCUCCGGGACCCAGGAGCCAGAUGCCAUCAAGCUGUUUGUGGGACAGAUCCCCCGGCAUCUGGACGAAAAGGACCUGAAGCCCAUCUUCGAACAGUUCGGCCGGAUCUUCGAGCUGACUGUCAUUAAGGACAAGUACACAGGGCUGCACAAGGGAUGUGCCUUCCUGACAUACUGUGCCCGCGAUUCAGCCCUGAAGGCCCAGAGUGCCCUGCACGAGCAGAAGACACUUCCAGGGAUGAACAGGCCAAUCCAGGUCAAGCCAGCCGACAGCGAGAGCCGAGGAGAAGAUCGAAAGCUCUUUGUGGGCAUGCUCGGGAAGCAGCAGACAGAUGAGGACGUGCGGAAGAUGUUCGAGCCUUUCGGGACCAUAGACGAGUGCACUGUGCUUCGGGGCCCCGACGGUACCAGUAAAGGUUGCGCCUUCGUCAAGUUCCAGACCCACGCCGAGGCCCAGGCAGCCAUUCGCACCCUCCACAGCAGCCGGACCCUGCCGGGGGCCUCGUCCAGCCUGGUGGUGAAGUUUGCCGACACGGAGAAGGAGCGAGGUCUGAGGCGGAUGCAGCAGGUGGCCACUCAGCUGGGCAUGUUCAGCCCCAUCGCCCUCCACUUCGGAGCCUACAGCGCCUAUACCCAGGCUCUGAUGCAGCAGCAGGCGGCCCUGGUCGCAGCCCACAGUGCCUACCUCAGCCCCAUGGCAGCCAUGGCCGCCGUGCAGAUGCAGCACAUGGCUGCCAUCAACGCCAACGGCCUCAUUGCCACCCCCAUCACCCCGUCCUCAGGAACCAGCACCCCUCCUGCCAUCGCCGCCACGCCUGUCUCUGCCAUUCCCGCUGCCCUGGGCAUCAACGGCUACAGCCCGGUGCCCGCCCAGCCCGCUGGGCAGCCCGCCCCUGACGCCCUGUACCCCAACGGGGUUCACCCCUACCCAGCCCAGAGCCCCGCCGCACCCAUGGACCCCCUGCAGCAGGCCUAUGCGGGCGUGCAGCACUACACAGCGGCCUACCCGGCCUACAGCCUGGUGGCUCCCGCCUUCCCGCAACCACCAGCCCUGGUGGCCCACCAGCCUCCGCCCCCGGCCCAGCAGCAGCAGCAGCAGCAGCGGGAAGGCCCUGAUGGCUGCAACAUCUUCAUCUACCACCUGCCCCAGGAGUUCACGGACUCUGAGAUCCUACAGAUGUUUGUUCCGUUCGGCCACGUCAUCUCAGCCAAAGUCUUUGUGGAUCGGGCCACCAAUCAGAGCAAGUGUUUUGGCUUUGUGAGUUUCGACAAUCCGGCCAGUGCCCAGGCUGCUAUCCAGGCCAUGAACGGUUUUCAGAUUGGCAUGAAACGCCUCAAAGUCCAGCUAAAACGGCCGAAGGAUGCCAACAGACCCUACUGA